GACUUCUAUUUUCUGUGGAUUUCAUAACUCUGGCAGACUGCCUUCAUCUUUAAGCACGCAUAAACAUGGCAUCUGACAAGCAUCCCGAUAUCCCUUUCUUCUCCAUUCCAGGAAACCUGGCGGAGUUGCAAGCACUCCUGAAGGAGGCAGGUCUUUUCAAUAAGUCUAUCCAUGAUCUCCCCGGUAAAUGGCUUCUCUCUGGGUCCAAAGUAACUCAGAUGCAGUUCCUCGCGUUUCAUAUCGUCUUCCCUCGAAUUGCAACUGCAACCCGUCUGGUCGACCGAGAUCUGGCUCAGUAUGGUCUACACAUGUUUUGGAGAGAAGCCCAAGAUAUCUUGGGAAGAUUCGACGACUUCCAGAAAUAUCUGGGCCUUCUCGUACAUCAACUGUCGAUAGAGGACAUCUCCAGGGACCAUCCAUUCUUUCCUUCAUCUCUCAGAAUAUUGAAAGACAUGCAAGAGCUUUGCAGUCCAUCAUACGUUUCUAGUAAGAAGGGCGCUGUACAUAGAGAUGCUGAACACUUAUCGAAAAGGUCUGUGUUUGGAAGCAAACGUCGUCCGGAUGAGGAAGACACGUUGGCGAACACUGCCAAUGAAGAGGCAGAAAUCGAAACGGAAGCUACGGUCAACUCAGCGCUUGUGGUAUUCCUCAGGGAGCUAGCAUGGCUAGUCGAUGAUCGCAAUUGUGAGUUUGUGUAUGAUCCACUGGCCGAGAAGGCCUCGUUCUCGAAAGACACUUCUUUUACUGCAAUUACAGACGGCAGUCUUCGAAGGCUCAAUACGGGGGAAACUUUGGCCAUUCUUGAAGUUAAGAAACGAAAGAGGCGCCAGGAGCCAAAUGCGAUUCCCAUGCAGGAGGCUGCGGAGCUAGUCUGCUGGUUGAAGAGCUCUUACCGAAGCACUCCUUUCCUAGACGGGCAUCCGCUCAUAAUUUCCCAAGAUGCACAUGAAAUCUUCCUGUCGUUCGCGUUUCUUGACCAGCUGUACCUCGAGUACCUUCAGAUGCCCUCUGUCGCCAACCCUGCCUGGAAAUACGCAGCAAUACAGACAUACGGCCCCUUCAAAAUUGACAGCGCGGAAGACAUGAAUAUGUUCGCGACUCUUGUGAUAUCCAUUACACUGGCGGCGAAAGCGCUACCGAGAAACUGA